AAAUCAUUGUAUCCGGCGUGUGGAUAUGGUAUAAAAGGGCCCGGGACGUCACUACGAGCUCAAUUAGUACUUGUGCCGUCGACAAGAGUAGACUGACAAUAAUAUUCCACAAGUACUAAGGUAAACGCUGCACUCGUCAGACCGUGUCUCAGAUCUCCGCAAAAUACGGUGAGUAUGAAAUGUUUUAAGUAACUAAUGUCCGAUACUUUUUAAUUUAAGGUCACGUAUUUAUUUAUAGUUAUUUAUUCACAGAAUAAACAUUUUGAUUUCAAUAAUGGUAAUAAUUUGUUAGGUGGAUACAAGAAAAUAAUAUGAAUGUUCUAUAACAACACUGAUACGCAUAGUCAAGAGUUUCGAUAGGUUUAUUGUGAAAUGACGACGGGGGUUAUCGUGAAUGUUCUGUCAUCGCCAUAUUUAAUACUAAACUCUUUUGAGUUCAGCACCGUUAAUUUUGGAUUCUGCAGCGUGUACUGACGAAACUAUUUGUUUUAGUAAGCGAUGUGUUACUAUUUCGAUUAAUUAAUUAUGCUCUGAAAUGUUCACGCUGUAUCGUAAUAUCGAUGUGAACGUUGAUGUUAUUUUAUUUGAAACAUUUUUUCGACAUUCCCAACACAUUUUCCAACAACGACUUUUUAUAUAUUUCCUAAACACAGUUUUCUGGUGAAUAAAAUACUCCGAUACAACAAUGUGUAGUAUGCAAUUUAAGAUUUUAAUAUUUUAUAUAAUAUAUAAUAUUAUUUUACUCAAAACAUUUAACAAUUCAUUAAUUUAAUAAUUUGUAUGUUAGUAACAAUCCUCCACAGUCUUCAAAUUGUACCUUAAACGGUUCGGAUUUCACGCCCAGCCGUACAUUUUAUUUGAACAUUUUUAUUUUUCACAAUUUUUUCUUUUCCUUUAAGCAGUAAAUAUGGUAGGUAUACAAGUUUUAAAUUUUGGACAUAUCUUACCCGAAUAAAUACAUUUUUAUAAGAAAUAACGCCCCUUUUGAUUUACUUUUCAUAAUCAAAAUAGUUUGUUCCUUUCCUUACAUAAUUUGUCAAAUUAUACGUAUGGCAUUUCUUAUAUUUUAGCCGAACACGACAAUUUUACUACAAUCACUUCAACUCAAACGGACAUAACCGCCUUCGACAUGAACUUCAAGAGCACCAUCGUCGUAUUUCUGUUGGUCGUCGUGUUGAUGUUUGCCACGGACUCCGCUGACGGGUACAGAAAACCACCGUUCAACGGUAGCAUUUUCGGGAAACGUUCCAGCUCCGCUCCGGGUAUGGUUCAUAUAUUAAUAUGUUAUAAACUAAUACAGGAAAAUUUCGAAUUUACAAUGUAAAUUUUAAUAAUAAUAAAAAUAGUUUUCACGGUGUAUAAAUAUAUGCUUACUUCUUUUUCUCGAUACUUGUGGAUAUUUCUAACAGCUCCUACUGGAUAAAACGAACUCAAAUUCGGGAAUCGGAGUUGUUUUAAAAAAAAUGAAGUAGGAAGGUUUAAAUUUUGUGUAUGUAUAGUAUAAGAGCCAAGCAUGUAUCAUUUGGGAGUUUUAGCUUUCAACCAGUUUUAUGCUCAAAUUUUAUGUUUUUACGAAAAGCACCUGAUUUUAUAUACCCUCAUACAGAUUAAAUCUUGGAAACAAUAACUAUUUCACAUCAAUUUUAAACAUUUUACGAAAAAAAAGCCCAUUGCUAAUUAACGCGUACAUUUAAUAAUAAUAAAAAAACCAUAAAUAUUCAUUAUACUUAUUAUUUUAAGUUUAUAAAAACACAGGUAAUAUAAAAACAAUUUUUUAAAGGCAUGAUUUUCAUAAGGCAUCAGUGGUCACAAAAAAAAAAAAAAAAACAAAUAAUCUAGGUAAUUUAAAAAACAGUCCUAGGAUAAUGGCAACGGAUGCAGCCACUGUUAUAGGUAAUUCAUUGUAUACCUAUUUGCAAUGAUAAAUCAUUUCUAAUGAAAAAGCGAAACUCUUACAUUUUCUCGGUUUUCCUCUGUUUUUUAUAUUUGGUGGGAAAACUCCUUAAAAAAUCGAAAAAUAAUCUCUCUAAAAUACAUUUCCUGUUAGAUAUCCUUUCAGAAAAAUAUAGCUAUUAUUUUAAAUCGGAGCAAAAUUGUUUGUAAAAAAAUCGUACACAGGAAAAAAUAAUCUAGAAGAAAUAAUCUAAAAUAAAAUAUUCUAAAGGUGAUAAAUCGGCUGGUGGAAAAUUCUACUAAUGACUUUAAUUAGAGAUUCUACUCUAAUAACGGAACAUUGUUGUUCACAAAUGUUUAAUUAUUUUGUUUUCAAUAAAAUGUAAAACAUGUAGAAUAAAUACUUGAAUAAGAAUUUUAAAUUUAAAAAAAAAAUGUUUACAGAAUAUGAAAAUCCCGGAAAAACCAUUUACAACAUGUGCGAGCUUGCAUCGGACGCGUGCCAGACUUGGUUCCCGAGCCCAGAGAAGAAAUGAAAUGUCUUCAGUCAUCGUCACCGUCGUCUGUACCACUGUAGAAAUCUAUAAGUUCCCUCGGAACAAUUAAACAUUAUGUAAUUCCGAAACUAAAAAAAAAAUAUAUAAAUUAAUGUCUAGUCAAAAUGUAGUCAAAUGAACGUGAAGUUUUUUUUGAAAAUAAAAUGUUUUCUAAUAAAAUGCUUUUCAAUUG